AUGACCCGCCCCCGCGAACCAGCAGCAGCAGAUAGUGUGACGGAUAGUGCCGAAGAAAGCCAGGCUGGAGCUGCCCUGGGAAGUCAGGAGUGUGCUAGAGUCAACGCGGAGUAACGCCAUUUCCCCGCUAUAGGGACCAGCCAACUCAAGCCACAGAAUGGCGGUGGAUAUCUAUGACUCCCAGUACCUGCUCAUCCUGGCCCCUUCCUUGGUCAUCGCCCUCAUGUUCCUCUUCUUCUGGCUCUUCAUGAAAGAGACCUCCUAUGAUGAAGUCCUGGCCAAGCAGAAACGAGACCUCAAACUCCCAGCGGCCAAACCAGACACUCGGAAGAAGACCGACAAGAAGAAGAGCAAGAAGAAGGAGAGCGCCACCGUGGGAGGAGGGGGAGGAGGUGGAGGAGGCGAAUCGGAGGAGGACGUGAGGGAUUUCGAAGUAGCGGAUGUCUCCAAUAGCUCCCCUCUGGAAAUGGAGGAAGAACCAAUAAUUCAGCCCACACCAUCACCCGUACCUGCUGCCUAUGCUCCCCCUGUGUCAGCUGAGCCUCCAGCCGGUCUGAGGGAGAGGAAGAAGAACAAGAAGAACAAGAACGCUGCUGCUACCACCAUGACUCCUGCCAUCAUAGAGGAGCCAGAGGUGAAUGGUACUAAACAGGUGAGCAUCAAAGCCGAAGCACCGGUGAGUGAGAGCAAGCAGCCCACCCCGCCCUCUCCCCACAUCCAGGCUGAGGUGCAGGUGCUAGUCCAGUCCGCAUCUCCAGUCCAGGCUCAGCAAACUCCUCCUCCGAGCUCUGGGAAGAAGAAGAAGAAACAGAAAGCUGAACCUGUGCCAGUAGAUGACCAGCUGCAAGAAGCUAAACCAGAGCAGGCCCCAGUUUCAGCUAAAAAGGAAGCUCCCAUUGUGGCUGAAACCAAAGCAGUCGAUGGUGCUCCCCCACCCUCCACCGGUGGAAAGAAAAAGAAUGCAAAGAAGCAGAAGACUGAGCCAGUGGAGGAACCUCUUGCUGAUUCACCCGUACCUACCAACCACCAGGCAACCAAUAAUGACAAUGUUCCACCACCCAAGAGCAGUGGCAAGAAACCAAAGAAUGAGACUGACAAAGAGAACACGGGGGUGAAGCUGAAGGAGCUGCUGUCUGGCCUGUCCGGUCUGGCUCUAUCUGAUGCUGAGGUUGUCAGUGUGCUGUCCCUUUUGGGAGAAAAGAGCCCUAAUGCUUUGAAUGCUUGGCACAAGACUGCCGCCAGGCCCGACCCGGCCGAACAGGAGCGGGAAAGGCUUUUUAACACACUCCAAGAAGAAGCAUCUAUUGCAAAGGACAAAGUCAAACAGCUUAGCCAGGAGCUCCAGGUAGAGAAGCAGAAAACCGGCCGUGUGGAAGCGAUGAUGAGAGAACAGCGUGCAGCCAUGGAGAAGGAGCUGGGGGGUAUGCAGGCCAAAGCGCAGGGCAGCUACCAGGAGCUCCAGACUAUGCAGAUAAAGUUUCAACAGGUGCGUGAGCAGCUGGAGAGCCAGAUCAGUAGACUGCAACAAGAGAAUGGUAUCCUUAGAGACGCUGUCAGCUCUGCCACCAAUCAAAUGGAAAGCAAGAAUUCUGCAGAGCUAAACAAGUUGCGCUCUGAAUAUGCUAGCAUGAGGAAUGAGUUGGCAGAAAAUAAGAGCAAGCUCCAGCAGGAGGAGCACCAGAGGGUGUCACUGGAGGUCAGCUACAAACAGAACGUGUCCCAGCUGGAGGCCCAACUUCAAGAUGCAAAACGGCGAUGGGAAGAGUUGCAGAAUUUCCUUCACAGCGUCAGCUCAGACAGAGAAAAACUGCAGGCCUCUAACCAAGACCUCCACACUCAGCUGCUUGCGGUGGAAACUGAGAUGAACAACAAGAACAAGGAGAUCCAGACCUUACACAGCAGUCUGACUGAGGCCAUGGUGUCCAAGGAGGGGCUGGAACAAAAAGUCAUGGGACUGUUGGAGGCCUCUCAGCACAGCACAGCAGACGACUCCAUGCAGGCACGCAUCCAGGACCUUGUGAAUGAAAACAAAAAUCUACAAGUCCAAAAUGAGAUGUUACAAGCCCAGAUCUCCUCACAGGCCAACCAUGUCUCCCACAUCGAGGAGCUGCAGAAGCUUCUGGCUGAUAAAGAAUUACAAAGAAAGAGCCUGGAAGAUAAUCUCAAUGCAGAGAGGAGCAGUGGAGCCAGCAGAGAAACAGACAUGCAGGCCUUGCACAAUGAGAACAUGACACUGAAGGCUCAGCUACAGAAUCUGCAGGCACAGAUUUCUGAGCAGACUGCCUCUCAGAUGACUUUGGACCAGAUCCAAAAGAGUGUCCAGGAAAAGGAGGAGAGCAUGAAAACUGUUGAGGGCUUACUGGAGAAGGGACUGAUUGAAGUGGCAAACAAGGAAGAAGAACUGAAGGCUUCAAGAGAAGAGGCUGAGGCACUAAAGCAGGAGAUAGAUGCUCUGAAGAAGCAGUUGGAACAGGCAUCUUCGGAAUCCAUAGAACAAGAUUAUCAAAGCCAGAUUCAGGAAAGGGAUCAGAAGGUAGAAUCGUUACAGGAGGCUCUCCAGACAGCACAGGACAACAGUUCAGUUCUGGAAAAGAGAGCUGAGUCUCUGGAGCAGACUCUGGCAGCUGUGCAGGCAGAGCUAGAGCAGCUAAGACAGACACCAUCACCAGAGGAGUCCACCGAUUCUAGUGCCCAGAUCCAAGACUUCCAGCAGCAACUGCUGGCAAAGGACCAAGAGAUUCACAGACUUGGAGCAGAGCUAGAGGCCAGGACAAAAGAGCUGAGUGAGACGCUGGAGCAGCAGCAACAAUCAACCACAGCAGAGCCGAGCACAGAGCUUCUUGGGGAGUUGUCUGUAAAGGAACAGCAGAUAUCAGAUCUGCAGGGACAGCUGGUUGAGCUGAGGGACUUGGUGGAGCUUCACAGAAGGAAGAACAAUGAGCUCCGGGAGAAAAACUGGAGUGCUAUGGAAGCUCUGUCAGCCACCGAGUCCAUGCUUCACGGGAAACUCAGCAAGAGUGUCAAGGAGAAGGAGGAAGCCCUGGCCCUGUCCCAGGCUGAGUGUCGAGAUGUUCUGCACAGACUCCUGCCCCACGUGCCUCUGCCUUCUGAGAAGAAUCAUCAGGAAUGGCUUUGCAAGUUUGAGAAGGCAGUAUCAGAAGUCCCAGCUGCACAGCCUACCCCUGUAUCAGGGGACUAUGAGGAACUGACUGAUAAACUGAAAGAAGCCGAAGAAAGCCAAAAGAUUCUACAGAAAGACUGUGAGACCUACAAGAAGGUUUUAGCAGAGACGGAGGGUAUCCUGCAGCGCCUCCAGAGCAGUGUUGAGCAGGAGGAAUCUCGCUGGAAGCAGAAGCUGGAAGUGUCACAGGGAGAGCUGAAAGAGAUGACCCAGAAAGCCACAGAGCUGGAACAGGAGAUUGAAAGACUAACUGAUGGAGGGGACCUUGAAAAUCUGAGACGGGAGAAGCAACACUUGGAAUCGGAGUUGGAGCGAGCAGAGCGUGAGAGUGCCACUUAUGUGACAGAAGUUAGAGAGCUCAAAGAUCUGUUGACUGAAUUGCAGACCAGACUAGAUGGCUCAUAUACAGAGGCCAUCAGGCAGAAUGAGGAGCUGAAUUUGCUGAAAACACAGCUCACAGAGACACUGUCCAAACUGGAGACGGAGGAGACUGAACGGCAGAGGGUGGCAGCUAACCUGUACAAGGCUCAACAGUCUGUGGAUCUGAUCCAGGGGGAGCUGUCUAAAGUGUCAGAGAAUGCAGAUGAGCUGAUAGAGAACAGCACUCUUUCUUCACAGAAUGAGGAAACUGAAAGAAAGGAAAAAAUGACCGCAGGACUAAACCAAACUGUAAGUGAACUGCAACUUCUGCUACAAGCUGUAAGCCAGCAGCUCACAAAAGGCCCAGAGGGAGAGGCAGACAAAGAUUUGCCCAAGGUAUAGUGGGAUCCUCAAAGAUCGACUUUGAACUUGGGUCUCAUCACUACUACCUUCACUUCAAACUGUCUUACCCACCCAGCCACUUUUUCACUCUCUGGUCACCUCAGCUGUUCUGGAACGGCCUCAUGUAUGUCGCGGGCUGGAUCGCCUGUAUGGUCACAGGGAACAGACAUGUAUUCCAGGGCUCCAGACACUGAACCAAAUCACACGCACUACACCACUCCUUUCACAUUCCUCUUCUCCAGCAGCCUGAUCAUUUUAUUAGAACCUUUUCAACUCUUCUUGUGGCAACCAUUCCUCUGUUUAGAUCACACAUUGUUUUAAAUUAACUAAAUAUCAAAGUAGUUUUUUUUAUUUUGUCUCAAAGGGCAAUUAUAUAUUUGACUAUUGAUGAAAUAAACUGGUUUUCAUGACUUGAGUGUUAACUUAAAUAUGUUUUAACACAUGAACUAGAAGCUGCAGAGGCAUGGCAUUGUUUUUGAGUCUAUACAACUACAUCCUGGUAUUCUGAUGAACUGAGAGCAUUAUGCACACCUUGGAUCAAUACUGGGUGGAGAGCAGGGACAUUGGAGCAUAUCGGAAGGUCACUAUUUGGGGAUACAGGGUCAUAUUGCACACAAGUCUAUAUUGUAUCUCCAGCUAUAAACGAUUAUGUGACCUAUAAGACAGAAAGGAUGAGAUCAACAGUGGUGAGUGUUGCAACUUGUCUAGCGUCCCAUAUCAUCUGUAAUCAACACUUGCGAUAUAUUAAGUUCAUUAACACUGAAGUUUUGUUCUUUUGUAACAGGCGAUGUUAAUAAAAAAGGGAUGCUUGAUAA